GGUCCUAUGUAAAUCCCUUCUCGGCUUCUCCUCCUUUAAGUUUGAAUAUUAAAAAAAUAAUCAGUGUGUGUGUGUGUGUGUUUUUUUUUUUUUCUUUGGUCUGGCUUGAAAAUGGUGUGCUUUUGUUUCCUAGUGGACCAAAGGCAUAUGCUGAUGAGCAGCAAGCCGGCAGCCGGGACAUGCUUGCGGUGCCGCAGCGGAGCAAGUGUCGGGCUCAUGAAAACGGUUACCCGUUUUUGUUAUGUCCCAAUUUAUUGGAAAUCUUGGAAGGCUAUAAUCUGCACAUUUUGUGGAGCUGUUCUUAAAUCUUACAGAUGAUGAAGUUCAAUGCUUUCUAUUUGUGUUUCAAGUUAGUUAAUUAGGUUUUUGUUUUUUAGAUAUAUAAAAAAAAAGGGAAAUGUUUGUUUUGAUACACACAAA